ACGUGGAAACUCCAUUACCCACAGUGCACCUCGAGGUAAAGGUCACAAGAAAUUUAAACGGGUAGUGCGGCACAUUAAGAACCUACUUUUACAGCCAUAACAGGCACUUAUAUUGCUUUUGGAGUUUAUUUUGUCGCUAAUUGCUUGUUCGUUAAGAUUGUUUUGUUGUUAAAUAGUCAAUUAUUGUUGAAAAUAAGUCAGACCAAAAGCUGAGUCCUGGAAAACGCUAAGCUAAGCUAAGUGGAGGCUAACACAACUCCAGGAUGCUAAUAUCGUUGACUUUCUGAUUCACUUCACAACCAUGGAUUAGCACGUCUUGUCCCGGUAUUUUUCCAACAAUAACUAGUUUUAAAAACGGAGCAGAACUUCCCCGCAGCUGAACAGAACCGGAGGAGACGAUGAGCCUAGCUCCGAAGGAACUGUCCAACCUGCUGAGCAUCAUCUCGGAGGAGGCCUGCUCCAACUCCUUCGAGACUCUUUCCACUCACUUCCAUCAUUACUUUGGCAAAGCAGAGCACUUCCGGGUGGGCUCGGUGCUAGUCAUGCUUCUCCAGCAGCCGGACCUGCUGCCCAGCUCCCCGCAGCGGCUCACCGCCCUCUACCUGCUGUGGGAGAUGUACCGGACGGAGCCCCUGGCCGCCAACCCGUUCGCUGCUGUCUUUGCCCACGUCCUGAACCCGGCUCCGGCAGGAGAGGAGCAGGAGAAGGCGCUGUCCGGCUUCCUGCCGCCUAUCACCCAGCCAGAGAAGUUCUUCCUGUCCCAGCUGAUGUUGGCACCACCCAGAGACCUCUUCAAGAAAACACCCAGACAGGUGUCCUGCAUGGACAUCACCAACAUGCCCCAGCCCAUCGACAUCAGUGGGCUGCAGCUCGCAUUAGCAGAGCGCCAGUCGGAGCUUCCCACUCAGAGUAAAGCCAGCUUCCCCAGCAUCCUGAAUGACCCAGACCCAGACUCCUCCAACUCAGGGUUCGACAGCUCCGUAGCCAAUCAGAUCAUAGAGUCUCUGGUCACAGGACCGCGGCCUCCCCUGGAGAGUCACUUCCGGCCCGAGUUCAUCCGGCCUCCGCCGCCUCUCCACGUGUGUGAGGAUGAGCUGGUGUGGCUGAACCCCACCGAGCCGGAUCACAGCAUCCAGUGGGAUCGCUCGAUGUGUGUGAAGAACAGCACCGGCUUGGAGAUCAAACGGAUCAUGUCCAAGGCCUUCAAGAGCCCGCUGUCAGCUCAGCAGCAGUCUCAGCUGCUGGCUGAGCUGGAGAAGGAUCCGAAGCUGGUUUAUCACAUCGGGCUGAGCCCGGCCAAGCUGCCGGACCUGGUGGAGAACAACCCGCUGGUGGCCAUCGAGAUGCUGCUGAAGCUGAUGCAGAGCAGCCAGAUCACAGAGUAUUUCUCAGUCCUGGUGAACAUGGACAUGUCCCUGCACUCCAUGGAGGUGGUCAACAGACUGACCACAGCUGUUGACCUGCCCCCAGAGUUCAUCCACCUCUACAUCUCCAACUGCAUCUCCACCUGUGAACAGAUCAAAGACAAAUACAUGCAGAACCGGCUGGUACGACUGGUCUGUGUCUUUCUCCAGUCGCUGAUCCGAAACAAGAUCAUCAACGUCCAGGACCUUUUUAUCGAGGUCCAGGCCUUCUGCAUUGAAUUCAGCCGCAUCCGGGAAGCCGCCGGCCUCUUCCGCCUCCUUAAGACUCUGGAUACAGGAGAAAACCCGUCUGAGGUCAAACCCGCCAAAUAAAGCGAGAUGGAUCAACACUGCUAGCGUUCCCGUCAUCAGAGGAGCCGCUCAGCCAGAGAAGAUCCUGUACAUAUGUGGACUGAACUCUUGGGACUCCCCUCCACCUACAGCCUCACCUUCUUCUGCUCUAAUGUAAAGAAAUAAUGUUCCUCCAGGGUUUUUUUGUUGUUGUUUUCCAUUAAAACAACAUGUUUAAAUAAA